GCUUGGACCGCAUCACCACGAUCACGACCUUGCGCCGACUGCUUUGCCCUACUAACCAACGACUUUACUACAAGUCUAGAGCAGAUCGCCAAGAUGCAGUCCUCUCAGCCCGCCCAAGCCAUGAGCGGCGUCAACAUCUCCAAGCGCAGAAAGUUCGUCGCUGACGGUGUUUUCUACGCCGAGCUCAACGAGUUCUUCCAGCGUGAGCUUGCUGAGGAGGGUUACUCUGGCGUCGAGGUCCGCGUCACCCCAACCGUGACCGACAUCAUCAUCCGUGCCACACACACCCAAGAGGUUCUUGGUGAGCAGGGUCGCCGAAUCCGCGAGCUCACCUCCCUCAUCACCCACCGAUUCAAGUUCCCACCGGACAGCGUCUCCCUCUACGCCGCCAAGGUCCAAUCCCGUGGUCUCUCCGCUGUCGCCCAGUGCGAGUCCCUCCGCUACAAGCUUCUCAACGGUCUCGCUGUUCGACGUGCAUGCUACGGUGUGCUCCGGUUCAUCAUGGAGUCCGGCGCCAAGGGUUGCGAGGUUGUCGUGUCCGGCAAGCUGCGUGCUGCCCGUGCCAAGUCUAUGAAGUUCACUGAUGGCUUCAUGAUCCACUCUGGUCAGCCAGCUAAGGACUUCAUCGACAGCGCCACUCGACACGUCCUCCUGAGACAAGGUGUGCUGGGUAUCAAGGUCAAGAUCAUGCGCGCAUCUUCAUCACCAAACGACCCAUCCGGCGAGAAAGCUGGCGGCAAGGGUCUUCCAGACUCCGUUACCAUCAUCGAGCCAAAGGAGGAGCAGCCUAUCCUUGCUCCAUCAUCUCAGGAUUACGGUGCCAAGGCCGCGCAGGCUCAGCAGGCUUAUGCACAGCAGCAGGCAGCUGAGCAAGAAGGUGCGCCGGCAGAGGAUGGUGCUCAGCCGGAGUACUAAGGGCGUUGAAUCUGCUGCAUUUUCUGCUACGAAGUCUUCAUGUUCAUGGAACCGGAGUUGGUAUGAAAGCGGUCAUCAAGGGUUUCAGUACAGCACAUAUUUUGUAGCUGUGGAGGCAUAAGGUCUUCAGCAAAAAGAACCCAGUGCUCAGACAUGAAACAUGCAUGAACGAUUUCAAAAUCUC